ACACCAUCGUGUUGCGCUAUUCGCUGGUAGCAAUUCUCCUCCAAGAGAAUCUUUACCAGUAUGAGCGUAACUGUUGUUCUCGGCGCCCAGUGGGGUGACGAGGGCAAGGGAAAGCUCGUAGACGUGCUUGCCGGCGAGGUCGACGUAUGUGCCCGCUGUGCUGGAGGAAACAAUGCAGGACACACCAUCGUCGCACCUGUCGGACCUAACAACGUGAAGAAGACGUUCGCCUUCCACCUUCUUCCUAGCGGUCUCGUGAACCCAAAGUGCACUGGAAUCAUUGGAAACGGAGUCGUCGUUCACGUUCCUUCCUUCUUCGCCGAGCUUGAUGCGCUCCAGGAGCAGGGUCUUGACUGUGCUGGGCGGCUCUUCGUCUCUGAUCGUGCGCACCUAGUCUUCGACUUCCACCAGAUUGUCGAUGGUUUGAAGGAAGUCGAACUCGGUGGCUCGAGUAUUGGAACAACCAAGAAGGGCAUUGGCCCGGCCUACUCCGCCAAGGCGUCGCGCUCUGGCCUCCGUGUUCACCAUCUCUUCGAUCAUGAAACAUUCGCCGCCAAAUUCCGCAAGAUCGUCGAGGGCAGAUUUAAGCGCUAUGGCUACUUCGAAUAUGACACCGAGGGCGAGAUUGUCAGGUAUAAGGCACUUGCCGAACGGCUGAGGCCGUAUGUUGUCGACAGCGUUAUCUAUAUCCAUGAGGCAAUUGGCGAAGGCAAGAAGAUUCUGGUCGAGGGUGCAAAUGCUCUGAUGCUCGACAUCGACUUUGGCACGUACCCCUUUGUCACCUCGUCUGCGACAACCAUUGGUGGUGUCUGCACCGGUCUCGGCAUCCCACCGAAGAUGAUAGGCACCACCAUUGGCGUCAUCAAGGCGUACACCACUCGCGUUGGCGGGGGGCCCUUCCCCACUGAGCAGCUUAAUGACAUCGGCGUGCAUCUGCAGGAAGUCGGACGUGAGUUCGGUGUCACUACUGGGCGCCGUCGCCGCUGUGGAUGGCUCGACCUGGUCGUCAUGAAGCAUUCAUGCCUCAUCAACGGCUACGACAGCCUCAACCUUACCAAGCUCGAUAUCCUUGACGACCUCAAAGAGAUCAAAGUCGCUGUCAAGUACCUCUUGGAUGGCAAGGAGCUCCCUGGAUUCCCCGCCGACCUUGGUGUACUCGAGAACGUUAAAGUUCAGUAUGUCACCCUUCCCGGAUGGCAGACUUCUAUCGCCAACAUUACCUCUUACGAUGCACUCCCGGAGAACUGCAAGAAGUACAUUGAGUUCAUUGAAGAGUUCCUUGUUACCCCGAUAGAAUGGAUCGGCGUUGGUCCCGGUAGAGAGAGCAUGAUUACGAAGGCAAAGACUUCAUAGUCCUGCUGUAAAGUAUGUAGAACAUACAAACGAAUGUAGAAGUGAGCUUCUCGCAUCCCGGC